AUGGCUGAACGAUCGCAGAGAGACAGGGGAGGCCUUUUGGGGCUUCGUUUGCUUGAAUUUAUUUUUGCGGUUAUCCUCGUCGGCAUCUUCUCUUGGUUCCACUCUCAAAUGAAAAGAGCUGGCUACUUCAGCUACUAUGUCUCCGAUGUACCCUUGGGCUUCUCAGUCGCCGCUCUUGUUCUCACAGUUCUUGCGAGUUUCAGCCACUUAUUCCUCCACAACGAUGCAAACACUCUCAUCGCAAUACUCGAUUCCUUUUUGUUCAUUGGAUAUUUUGCGUCAUGCAUCGUUUAUCGACAAAACUUUCACGUUAGUUGUUACAAAAACGUUCUAGUGAGAGUUUUUGCAACAAUUGGGUCUCCACAUUGCGGCACGGUGAGGACAGGGGCUGCUCUACUGGUUCUUCAAACGAUCCUGUUCUUCGCCACAACAAUUCUAUCAUUCGCGCUUGCUCGACGCCAUCAGGUGGUCAAUAAUGCGACAGGUGUACAUGAAGAGAAAAGCCGCUUUGGGUUCGGAAGACGAAAUCGAGGGCAGCCUGCCCCUGCUCAGGCCGUGGGCACUACGGUCUAA